AUGCCGGCCCCCAGAAACCUUAUGCGUACCGGCUUGCUGCCACCGACUUACGGCAUGGUCUGCUCGGGCUUUUCCACGCCGACCCUCGACUGCGUACAUUUGGGAUCCAUGCCUUCAGCUCGGGCAAUGAUGCGACCUGGAAGUCUGUCGCCUCCGUCUGGCAUGUCAAGGCCUGGCUUUAGCCUGUCUUUGCCGGAGUUCGCUGCAUUCGGCUUGACCCUCUUACUGCAGAGGCUUGCCCGUCUGGGAAGCUUCUUGCCAACUUUUGGCCUCACCAGACUCGGAGUCCCCUUGCCUUUGCUGGACUACACGCACUUGGACUUCGCGUUGUCCCCUCGGUCCCUUUGCCGCUUGGGGCUGGCAACGUUGGCCUACGGCAUCGUGCGGGUGGGCCUCUUGCCUUCGGUGCUUGAUUUUGUCCAUCCUGGUGCACCCCCAUCUCUGCGCACGUCCGCACGCUUCGAGAGUGUUCCAUCUGCUUACGGACUUUCGCGGCUCGGGCCUACCUCACCAGCCCCAGACCUCUUUCACAUGGGAUCCCUACUGCUUCCUCAGUCUCAUGCUUGUUUAGGCGUGGUGAUGCCAGCAUACGGCGUAACGCGCUCAGAGGCAAUCCUGUCGGCUCUGGACUUCGGCUGCUCCAGCUCGCUCCUGCCUUCGAGGAGCUCCCAGCAGCUGGGACCUCCGCUUCCCACCUACGGCAUUACGAAGCUGGACUUGACUCUUCCAAUCCUGGAGCAUGCGCACUUCGACUCACCCCUACUGACCAGAGGACACAUGAGGUCGGGCAUGGCCACGUUCUCGUCUGGCUUGUCUCGACUGGGCCCACCCUUGCCAUCGUCGGAGUUUGCUGCGCUCGAGCCAGCGCUGCCCCCACGAACACCUGCAAGGACAGGAAGCUCCUUACCUGCCUACGGCUUGGCGCGGGUCGACCCGUCUCUUUCCGUUCCCGACUGGCUGAACAUAGCACCGCUGCUGCCCUUGCAUGGACUCAUGAAGACCGGAUCAUCUUCGUUUGCAUUCGGAGUAGCACGGCCUGGGUUGAUGCCGUUCACUACCGACCUUGUGCAUGUAGACUCCCCUCUUUUGCUGCACACCUUUGCUCAGCACGGAAGCGCUUUGCUUGUCUACGGCAUGUCUUGA